AUGGCCUGGCCAAACGUCUACAGGCUGGACUCACGCCAGCUCGAACGAAGACCGGCAGCACGACCCAGACCAACGAUCAUCAUCGCCCACGACGCCUUCCACACACCAGCGCACUUCGAACAACUCCAGCAGGACCUCGCCGCGGCAGGGUUCAGGGUGGUCGUCCCUCAACUCCCAUCUUCUGGCGUCGCAGGGCAAUCGGCGACGCUCGAGGACGACGUGCAGACCUUGGUUCUGUACGGGAAAGCGGAGAUCGAGAACGGCCACAAUGUCGUCUUGGUCGCGCAUGGGUAUGGCAGUAUCCCAGGGGCUGCGGCCGCCGAGCGCCUCAAUCAGCAUUCUCUCGAUCGUCCCCGGACCGGCACCGUGACGAGAUUGAUCCUCAUCGCCGGCGUGGUUUCAAGAGUCAACGAGAGCUACUACGAUUCCGUGGAAGCAGCGUGGGCUGUGGCCAGAGACGGCCUCGUCGCCAUCCGCAACCCCUCCAAAAUCUUCUACAACGACUGCAGCCCCGAGACAACAGCGACCGCUCUCACGAACAUGCGCCCGCAAAGCGAAAGCAGUCUCUGGGCGAAAUCGACCACACCGGGUUGGAUGAAUAUACCUACGUUCUACGUCGUCUGUGAAGCGGAUCAGGCGAUUGCGCCCAGUCUUCAGCAGGGGUUUGUGAGGACUCUGCAGUCGGUUAAUGGAAGGGUUACGGUGGCGAAUAUGCAGGCGGGGCAUUGUCCGUUUCUGUCGAGGGGGAGGGAGGUGGCUGCUUUGGUUGUUAGGCAGGUUUUGGAGAAUCUUUAG